UCUAUGGCUAGGGUGCGUCCGUCCAAGCAGUUGGACGCAGCUGGCCUUCAGCAUUCGCAUGUUUACUUGAGGCUGAUUUGGCUUGCGCUCCCCAGGAUAGGCGCUCAAGUGCAGUUAGUUUUGUAGACGCUGGAUUGACUGCGGUUGCGCGUGACCUCGAAGCAUCGCCCUGCUCACGACGCUUGGCUACGUAUGAUGCUGGUGCACGGGGCACCUGCACAGUGCCAGUCUCAACGGGAUGCUUCUGCCGUUACGGCUGCCAUCAAGAAUCAUGGAGGCGUGAAGCAGUGGAGCGCGGCAUUGCAUCUUCUCCGAGAUGCAAUACGCUUCCGCGUGCAAGUGAGUACCAUCUUGCACAAUGCUGCCAUCAGCGCUUUGGGAAAAGGUGGGCAAUGGCAGCGGGCGCUGCUCGUGCUGCGCCAGUUCAAGGGAGCGGCGCUUCAUCUGGACGUCAUCAGCUACAGCGCCGGAGUCAGCGCGUGCGAAAAAGCCGGACAGUGGCAGCAGGCGUUGCUGCUAUUGUCCCAGGUGUGGAGCGCUAAUCUGGAGCCCGAUGUCAUCGUCUACAGUGCAGUGGUCAGCGCGUGCGCGAAAGCGGGGCGGUGGCAGCAUGCGCUGUCGUUAUUGUGUGAGUUGCCGGAGGCGACGUUGGAGCCAGAUGCCAGGUCUGCUACAACGCCGCUAUCAGCGCGUGCGCCAAGGGCGGGCAGUGGCAGCCCGCACUGGUGCUGCUGAGACUCGUGCAGAGCGCGAGGCUGGAGCCGAACGCCAUCUCUUACAGCGCCGCGGUCAGCGCGUGCGAGAGGGGCCGGCAGUGGCAGCUAGCACUCGUGCUGCUGCGGGGCAUGUCGGCAGCGAAGCUGGAACCUACUGUGGUCAGCCUGAACACGGGGCUCACCGCGUGCAUAGAGGACGGGCGCUGGGAGCAGUCGCUGCGUCUGCUGACCGAGCUGCGGGCAGCGGGCCUGGAGCCAGACGCAUUCAGCUGCAGCGCCGCGGUGAACGCGUGCGGCAGGGCUGUCGUUGCCGAGGGCAUCGGUCACUGGCAGCGCGCGGUGUCCUUGUUAAGUGCGUCGUGGGAGAGCAAGGCAGAGCAUGAUGUUGUCACUCCACUACCGGAAUCAGCGCAUGUGAGAAGCAAGGGCAGUGGCAGCAGGCUUUCUCGCUGUUUAGACGCUCGCGAAAGGCGACUUUGGAGAUGGACAUGUUCAGCUACAACGCCUUACUUCGGACUUGCGAUGAAGGAUCGAAGUGGCAGCAGUCUUUGUCUCUGCUAAAAGUGCUCCGACUGAGGAGGCUUGACCCAGACGAUAUGACGUACAAUGUUGUCAUCAGGUCGUGCAGCAAAGGUGAACAGUGGCAGUUGGCGUUAUCGUUGUUGAGCAAUUUACGGGAGGCGGUGCUUGAGCCGAACAUCAUCAGCUACAAUGGUGUAAUCAAGGCGUUCGGGGAAAGUGGCCAGUGGCAACACGCUUUGGCAUUAUUGGUUAAGGCGCGGCACGUCAAGAUAACGCCAGAUGUUUUCAGCUACAGCAUGACAUCGAACGCGUGCGGGACAGGUGAUCGGUGGGAGUAUGCUUUGCACUUGUUGGGAGUAUGUCGAGCAGCGAAGUUGCAGCCAUGUGUUAUAAAUUAUAACGUUGCCCUCAGCGCAUGCGAAAAAGGCGGACAAUGGCGUCACGCAUUGUCAUUGAUGAGUGAAUUGAGGCAUGCGCAGUUGGUCCCAGAAGUGAUCAGUUUCAAUGCUGCGAUCAGCACGUGCGAGAAAGCGGGGCAGUGGCAGCGAGCAGUGUCUUUGCUCACUGCUUUGCGGGAAGCAGCGCUCGUCCCGAACCUCAUCAGCUACAACGCUGGAAUAAGCUCGUGCGAGAAGUGUGGUCAUUGGGAGGGAGCCUUGUGCUUGCUGAGAGAGAUGUUCUGCGCGAAACUCGAUCCAGAUGUCUUCACCUGCAGUUCUAUGGUCAGCGCCUGCGAGAAAGGCAGGCAAUGGCAGGCAGCUUUAUCUGUGCUUUCCGAGAUGGUGGACCAUGCAGUGGAGCUGAAUGUCGUUUGCUACAAUGCAUUGAUUAGCUCUUCCGAGAAAUGCGGGCGGUGGCAGGAGGCUGCCAUGCUCCUGAAAGAGUUGGUGGAAUUAGUAGUUGAGCCGGACGUCGUCAGCUAUAAUGCUGCAAUCAGCGCGAGCGAAAAAAGUGGACGGUGGCAGCAAGCUUUGUUUUUGUUGUACGAGCUGCGUGAAGCUCUGAUCGAAUCCAACAUCAUUGGUUAUAGUGCUGGCAUCAGCGUAUGCGGGAAAAGCGGGCAGUGGCAGUAUGCUUUGUCGUUGCUAUCCGACCUCGAUGAAGUGUCAUUGCAGCCGAGCGUCAUUUGCUACAGUGCGGCUGUGAGCGCAUGCCAGAGGGGCGGCAAGUGGCAGCAUGCGCUGCUUCUCUUCCAGACAUUACGGGAACUGGAAGAAGAGCCCGACCCUAGCAUCUACGAGGACAUUGUUAACAUGUGCGAACAAGGAAGACACUGGCAGUUGGGCUCGUCGUUGCUCAGCAAGUUGCGCACAUCAUUGCAAGCUCUCGGGUGAAGUUACAUUGUGCGUGGAGAUGUGGCCGAUGUGCUCGAGUCUGCCAGCACAAUCUGCACGCAAGUGGCUUUGAAGCUUAGGGCGCCAUCCAGUUCCGUCAUGUCGUGUUGACUCAUCGUGCCGCCGAAAGCCGCCAGGGUGCGGCCCGGGCAGCUCCACGCCUCUUUGGCCUCAGCCUCAUCAUACUCAGCCUCCUCUUCUUCGUGCCGGGUCCUCAGGAACGGGAGCUGCACGCUGAGGCCUUGCUCUGGCGCGAGUUGUUCUGUACAUAUGCCUUGUAAUGCGUUGCGGCCCGCCUGCGGAUCAGGACUCGUGGCACGGGCACUUGAUGUAGCGCUGGGUCCUCCGCCUCUUUUUUGUCCCCCUGUCGCACCCCGAGGCCAGUUGUUAGGGCGGGCCAGGCGUUUCGCCUGACGUCCUCACCGCUUACUACUCUGAAGACCCACUAAGCACAGCGAGCGCUGCGAGGGCUGGUGCCUUUUCAGUCGGGAUCGCAGUGCGGGUCGCGGAGCGGCCGUCGCGCAUGCCCCCGCCGGCGGCGUCGCCGAAGCGCGGCGCCGCGUCGCGCCUGCGCGAGGGAGCCUGCUGCAUUGUCCUAUACAGCCUACAGUCCAGGGCUGAUUCGUGGGUCGACCCUGCCAAAUCAAGUGUACCCUCGUGUCCAGUGUCUCGCGACCCAUGCCUUCUACAUUCCUAUGGCAACGUGGCCCUCGGGAGGGUUUUCUGUCC